GUCUCGGCAAGAAGUUCACUUAAUCUCGUGAGGGAGUUCUGGAGGAUGUUUCCAUUCAUCUUGCUCUCCGCUCCUCCAAGAACCACUAGUUGGUGAUCCAUGGUCCAGAACUCGAGCGCAGUGGUCUGAAAUCUUUGGCAAUCGCAUGGCUGGCCUCGUGCUUCGUACCAAAAGCCGGGUGGGGAAUUUUCCUUCCCCCUCCCCGACCCACGUUCCGUCGCCGCUGUCUCCAUGCGCCCACAUCAGUGGCUCCCUGACUAUGCACCUGCUCUAUCCGGUAUGUCGAGACUUUCAAGGUUCGCUCUUCCAUGGUCCCAGUUUUUCUUGCCAAGUCUCGAUUCCUUUUUGGGAGGGUUCGGUCUUCUACCCGUCCAAUUUGCUGCUUCUUCGUGCAUUCUGUAUCCCACUCAUUGAGUCCGUCCAACGAAGAACCGCUUGCUUAAGAAAAAAAUUGCGUACAGAAAAAAAUAUCCCUCGAGUCCUUUUCCCAACUCUAAUCACGAAGGUGAACCGAGCAAGCGUGGUUAUACCCUCCAGGCAAAGAAAGCCCUUAACCACCGUUCAUGGGUGCGUGCCCCCUCUUUCUGCAUAUCUGAUAGUUGGACUGCAGUGGAACCUUCAUCUAUUCUCCCGUGCGCGCGAUUUGAGGUUGGGGGAGGGGGAUGGGGAACGGGGGGCAAGAAAAGGUAAGGAAUGUGUGGAUGGAUCUUGCACCGCUGCAUGUGGUCACUCUACAGCCGUGCGAAAUGGGAAUGAUUCCCCUGUCGCUCAGUCCCCUGUUAGGCCAUUGUCCUUGGAUCUUUUCCCUGGUCAAAUCACCUUGCCGACCAGCCCAUCCCAUCAGUAGGGUUCAGUCAAACCUAAAGCGAUGAAGCUAGUCCCGAGCGAUAGCCAGCUGUACCUAUCAUAUUGAUCCUCCUUGCGAUCGUCCCAACUUUGUUUUUCCUUUUUAAGUUUCUUUCUGAUGCUCUAUGUGUAGCUAGAGCAGCCACCGACUACCCAGGUCAAAAAAUGGGCGAACAAUAAAU